GGAUGGACGAUUCCAUGUGUAAUAAUAGCUAGUUGUUUAGAUUGGGUGAGUGGGUCUCUGCAAUUCGUCCCUGUCUAGCUUCGUGGAGUGGCAUUAUGAUUUGACCCACCAGCAAAAAUAGGCCUGUCAGAGCAUUGCUAAGCCCAUGCUGUUUCUUAAAACAGGCUGUAACGUGGCUAGGGAUAUGCUGUAGAAAAGUGUAAUGGUCUCGGCAGCAUCGAAUCAAGUCUGCGUGUUAUCGUAGUCCACGACUUUACUAUAAGAAGAGUAAUCUCAUCAUUCUGCGCAUGCUGAGUAACACAAGACAGCACAAUGUCCAGUCACUUACCCAAAACAGAAAAACCUCAGAUUAUUUGUGGAUUGUGUCAUCGCAAGUACCACGAACCACGACUCUUACCCUGCCUUCACACUUUUUGUACCGAGUGUCUGACUACGUUAGAACCUUUAGGAUCUGACAUAUUAAAACAUUCCCUUGACAGCCUUUAUCGCCAUUCGUCAAAAAGUAGUCUAACCUCCGAGUACGAGAAAACAAAAUCUAGUCUAAGACAUUUUUUAACUUGGGGAAAGUCAAGUUAUCGAGAUGGCAGGUCAACCCGUGCAUUUACAGUGCUCUGUCCUACCUGUGAGAGUAUUGUGGAUGUAAACAGGGAUGGCGUUCGAGGAUUGACUCCAAAUUACCUUCUUCAACGUAAACUCACAUCAGAUAAUUUACAUAAUACUUCAAAACUGUUUAAAUGUGAUUUGUGUACUGUGUCAGCUGAAGCAACGAAUUACUGUCAAGACUGUGCUGUAUUCCUGUGCUCGUUUUGCGCAGAAGCUCAUCGUCGCCAAAAGCAGAGCUCGUCUCACUCUUUGUGGACUUUAGAGGAAGCAAGCGAGAAGGAAGUUUUUACUGGACACACGAAACACACUUGUUUACUUCACACGUCAUCGGUUGUCACAAGUUGGUGUGAAACGUGUCAACAUAUGCUAUGUGGCAACUGCAAGCUUGACAAUCACAUGGAUCACCAAGUAAGUGAUCUUAGUAAAGUUUUUGAAAGUAAAACGCACUUUUUAAAAAAAAUUAUGACCCAUGUGGUAAAAAGAAAGAAUGAUAUUCAAAUUGCUCUCCAGAAAAUCCAGGAAGUCGAAAAGCAGCUUCACGUACAAAUUAAACACACGCGGGAUGAAGUAGAGACGUUUAUUUUCCAAUAUAUGACAGCCAUUGAAACUCACCAUCAGCAUUUACUCCAGCAUAUCCAGAGAGUAGAAGUUGGCCGUCAACGGGUAUUACGACUACAGAGGCUACAGUUAGAUCAACUUUUUUCAGAUUUGAAUCACUGGGAAACCUUCGUAAAAGAGCUCCUUCAAGAAGGGGAGAUUCCAGAAGUAAUGGGAGUAUACAAUCCAGUCCAAAAACGUCUGUUCCAUCUAUCCCGUCUCAAGCCGCCAUUACAACCUCGUGUAACUCCGGAAUUACAUUUCCUACCUCAAGAGGAAGCAGAUGACACGAACGGAUACAUUUUGUACGGUGUGAUUUCUUCACAGAUUGCUUGCCCUUCUCAAUGUUUUAUCAAUGGUUUACAAACUGUAAAAGCCCACCAUAAGACGGAAGUAACCUUAUUCGUGAGAGACUCAGAAGAUAAACCCGUGACUCACAACAGGACCAACAUCGAAGCUGAGCUACGUCUUCUUGCUAACACCACCGACUCCAGACAGUCAACACUGAGGAAGUCUCAGUUCUCCCUGGAACCGUCCAAACAGUUGAUGUUACAACAUGCGAAUGCUCAAGAAACUGAACUUUCAUGUAACAGCACAACUUGUUAUCAGGAGCAUGUCGAAGUGUUAGCUCAGAAGGAUGGUUCUUAUAUCAUGACCUUUACAAUGGCCCAGACUGGUCACUUUCGGCUACAUGUGAGAGUGAACGGACAAGAUAUCAAGGGAAGUCCGUUUCCGCUGAUUGUAUAUCCGCCUGGGAAAAGGCACACUGGUCUAUAUCACUGUUGUUCCUUCUGUUCAAGUGGAGGAUCACGGGACGCCCAUUGUGCUUGUAACGGGCAAAUACCAGGUGGCUACCAAGGGUGUGGUCAUGGUCAUAGUGGUCAUCCUGGACAUCGUCACUGGAGCUGCUGUGGGAAUUUGGUUGAGAAUUCAGAUUGCUCAAAAAGAACAACAAUAUAUGAAUACACAUUAUAAUAUAUAUAAUUAAAAAUUUAAACAUGUCUUAAAUUAUCACUAAGAUAAUAACUACUUUUUACAUGACAAAAAAGAUUACAUUCAAAUUAGUUGAAUAUACAGCAUAAUAAAGUUCGUAGAGUAACAACAUAAUUGAAUUAUUUAUGUUAAUAAAAUUUGAGCAAAACAUAUUUGUGACUACUUGAUAAAACCUCUUGUUGCAUGUAAUAAAA